GUUUAAUUUCGGCUAACACAGAGUUAGGAGUCACAACAAUGGGACUCACGAAGGACAGGAUUAAGGACUGGAUCACCGCUGAACGCGUGGCUAUAUUCUUUGGCCUAUUGUCAACCUGCUUGAUCGUUGCCCUCGUAGUUGUGGUCGUGCACAGGGAUAAUUUGUGGGUGCAGUUGGACGAAACCAAAAGGAUGUUGGAUGUGCUGGAGGAUUAUAUUCAAAGCCACUUGCUGACAACCAAAGAAAGAAAAUUCAUGAAUGAAAUUCAUGAAAAUGAAAUUAGGGAGCUGACAAACAUUUUAGAAAGAAAAUAAUGAAAAGAUUGUUCUAGGAUAGAGAAUAAUUCCAAAAAUGUCCCCAGAUUUAAGCAAUAAAGGUAAACGAA